UGAUGAAAGCUGUCUGAAGUAUCAGAUAAUCAUGCAGAUCUUCGUCAAGACACUGACAGGAAAAACUAUCACCCUUGAAGUUGAAGCUUCCGAUACAAUUGAGAACGUGAAAGCAAAGAUUCAAGAUAAAGAAGGUAUUCCUCCAGACCAACAGAGGUUGAUCUUUGCUGGUAAACAAUUGGAAGAUGGGCGCACACUUUCUGAUUACAAUAUACAAAAGGAAUCAACCCUGCAUCUUGUACUUCGUCUGAGAGGAGGAAUGCAAAUUUUCGUCAAGACCCUUACAGGAAAAACGAUAACUCUAGAAGUUGAGGCAUCAGACACUAUUGAAAAUGUCAAGGCCAAGAUUCAGGAUAAAGAAGGUAUUCCACCCGAUCAACAGAGAUUGAUCUUCGCUGGUAAACAAUUGGAAGACGGACGCACGCUGUCAGACUAUAAUAUUCAAAAGGAAUCGACUCUUCACCUUGUUCUUCGCCUUCGUGGUGGUAUGCAAAUUUUCGUGAAGACCCUUACAGGAAAAACUAUCACACUUGAAGUUGAAGCUUCCGACACGAUAGAAAAUGUAAAAGCAAAAAUUCAAGAUAAGGAAGGAAUUCCGCCAGAUCAACAGAGAUUGAUUUUUGCGGGUAAACAACUGGAAGAUGGACGCACACUAUCAGAUUACAACAUUCAGAAGGAAUCAACUCUCCACCUUGUUCUUCGUCUUCGUGGUGGUAUGCAAAUUUUCGUCAAGACCCUUACAGGAAAAACAUUGAUCUUCGCUGGUAAACAAUUGGAAGACGGACGCACGCUGUCAGACUAUAAUAUUCAAAAGGAAUCGACUCUUCAUCUUGUUCUUCGUCUCAGAGGAGGAAUGCAAAUUUUUGUAAAAACCCUUACAGGAAAAACGAUAACUCUGGAAGUUGAGGCUUCAGACACUAUUGAAAAUGUCAAGGCCAAGAUUCAGGAUAAAGAAGGUAUUCCGCCAGAUCAACAGAGAUUGAUCUUCGCUGGUAAACAAUUGGAAGACGGACGCACGCUGUCAGACUAUAAUAUUCAAAAAGAAUCGACUCUUCACCUUGUUCUUCGCCUUCGUGGUGGUAUGCAAAUUUUCGUCAAGACCCUUACAGGAAAAACGAUAACUCUAGAAGUUGAGGCUUCAGACACUAUUGAAAAUGUUAAGGCCAAGAUUCAGGAUAAAGAAGGUAUUCCGCCAGAUCAACAGAGAUUGAUCUUCGCUGGUAAACAAUUGGAAGACGGACGCACGCUGUCAGACUAUAAUAUUCAAAAAGAAUCGACUCUUCACCUUGUUCUUCGCCUUCGUGGUGGUAUGCAAAUUUUCGUGAAGACCCUUACAGGAAAAACUAUCACACUUGAAGUUGAAGCUUCCGAUACGAUAGAAAAUGUAAAAGCAAAAAUUCAAGACAAAGAAGGAAUUCCUCCAGACCAACAAAGAUUGAUCUUUGCUGGAAAGCAACUUGAAGAUGGGCGCACACUCUCUGAUUACAAUAUACAAAAGGAAUCAACCCUGCAUCUUGUACUUCGUCUGAGAGGAGGAAUGCAAAUUUUUGUAAAAACCCUUACUGGGAAAACGAUAACUCUAGAAGUGGAGGCUUCAGACACUAUCGAAAAUGUCAAGGCCAAGAUUCAGGAUAAAGAAGGUAUUCCACCCGAUCAACAGAGAUUGAUCUUCGCUGGUAAACAAUUGGAGGACGGUCGCACGCUGUCCGACUAUAAUAUUCAAAAGGAGUCAACUCUUCAUCUUGUUCUUCGCCUUCGUGGUGGCCGAUGAUUUAAUAUAUUGAUCGCACCUUAAUUUAAAAAAUUAUAUUAAGUAAAUAGAAACUAAUUUUUUUACUUUUAGCCAUCAUAGCUAUUGAUUGCGUGAUAUAUAAUCUUAUUAAGUAUUUACUUGAAAUAAAUGGAUUAUAAAUAG